GUAAACUAGUGACAGGAUCACGUUUUCUGAUCCACAGAGGCCUCAUCGCCCAACCCACAUCAUCCAAAGGAUCCACUGCCAACCUCCCGGUGUCAGACAUCACAGCACACCCCCAGUGGUCUGACUUUGCCUGACCUUUUGCCUUGUAGGCUGAUAUUUAAACCACAACAAACAAACAAAAAAGAGGGAAAGGCAGCACAGUGUACAAAUACUCAGUGUGACGAUGGCUCAAAGCGACCUGUACAUGCUUUAUCAUGGGCUUUAUCUUGCAAAAUUUGGUUACACGACAGAAAGUCUGAAAUAUUUUGAGUCGUUCCAGGUACAGGAUGAUGAUACUUUUAUAAUUACAUAUCCCAAAUCUGGUACAACAUGGAUGCAGGAAAUACUUUCUCUGAUUUUAAGUGAAGGAGAUCUUACUCCGGUGCUUACCCUUCAAAACUUUGAGAAAAUUCCAUGGCUUGAGGCCAAAGAAAAUGAUCAAUUAGUCGCCAAGCUGAGUUCUCCAAGAGCCUUCAUAUCUCACAUGCCUUAUCAAUUGAUGCCUUCCACCUUCUUCUCUUCCAAGGCUAAGGUUAUUUAUCUUGCUAGAAACCCAAAGGAUGUUGUGGUUUCCCUGUUUUAUUUCCACCAAACCAUCAGCUUUUUGCCCGAUCCAGGAACGUUUGAGGAAUUUACUGACGGCUUUCUAGAAGGAAAUGUGAUGUUUGGAAAAUGGACUGAUCAUGUGAAGAGCUGGAGAAAUGCAGAUUUAGGAGACAGAAUCCUCUACAUCACAUAUGAGGAGAUGCUGCAGGAUCUUCGUGGCGUCAUCAAACGCAUUUUACGCUUCCUUAAUCGGCAACUGAGUGAAGAAGCACUGAAACAGUUGAUUGAACAGAGUCAGUUCAAAGCCAUGAAGCAAAACAAAAUGUCCGAUUCCUUACCAGUGUCACAGAAAAUAAUGGACAACACGAAGCCCCCUUUCCUGAGAAAAGGAAUUGCUGGUGAUUGGAAGAAUCACUUCAGUCCUGAGUUGGAGGCCAAAUUUAAUGCGGUUAUUAAUGAAGAAAUGGAGGGAACUGACAUAAAAUUCUUGUUGGAUAAGGAACACCAAUAAAAUCCAACUUACUAAACUGAAGAAGUAAAGUGUAUCUAAUAAAAUUAAAAAUAAUUAAUUUGUAAAUGAGUAUUUUUUAUAUACAGUAUUUUUGUAUUUUAUAAUCAGGAUUCUUAUUAAACUGUUGUCAUUUAUCUUUGGGCUCCUACUUCCAUUGUGGGGUCACCCUAGCAGACCAUCAAUCCGCACAACAACUUAGCCCAGUUUUUACACCGGAUGCCCUUUCUGACACAGCCCUACCAUUUCCCCCCCGAUUUUUUCCCCUAAUUUAGUCGUGUCCAAUUCCUCCCUGAUACUAUUAAGGCUUCUACUACUCAGUUGGGAGGGCUGAAGACUAUCACAUGUUUUCCUCCGAACUACGUGAUGCCAGCCAACCCCAUAUUUUCGAACUGCUUGUUUAAGCACCGUUGGGAGCAGCAUAACACACUUGGAGGACAGUGCUAUCCCCAACAAGCUAGGGAAGGAUUUUCCUCAUCUGAGGUCAAGUUUGGGAAAAAAUAAAAUGGGCUUCUUAAAGUCCUGGGUAAUAUAAAAAAAGACAAAAAGAAGGAAAUGUAUUUUUGCUCAUGUUUUUUGUUUAUACAUGAACCCUGUACACUCAUCUGAAUAUCAUUUUUGCUAUAAGUAAAACUAUCAGCCAAAUUUUUGAAUAAACAAAU